CAAUAGUUAAGAAAUAAAAAACUCAAAUCGAGUGCAGGCCAGCAGAUUUAAACGCUAAUAUUGCUUCUUUGAUUCUUAAAAACUUGACAAAAUUCAAGGAAGAAAGGGGUUGACUGGAAUAAUGAAAUGUUGAGAAAGGAGUAAACACUUCUUGAUCUAGUGAAGUUGUUCUAUGACUGCGCAGAAACCUGAAGUUUGAGAUGGCUUCUAGUUCCAUUAAUUCAGUCUUACAUAACAUCAAGCCUUUGUUAGAUAAUAUAGAUGACUUGGCAAAUAUAGAUCCAGAGUUGGUGAAGAAAGAGAAGUAUAAUGAGGGGCUGAAAAUUGUGAAGCUUGAAUCAAAACUUGUGAGAACUUUUCUUCUUUGUGCAAGAAGAUGGAGCCUCGAUGGAUGGAAGGAUGCAAGGCUUGAAGCUUUCUUGUCUAGCCUUCAAGAUGCUGUUCUCUAUCAUGCUCAGGCCUUUUGCGUUCUAACGGAGGAUGGAAUCUCCUUCAGCGAUCAUUUGGACCAAGCGAUCCUUGAUUUUAGAGCAAAAUUCAGCUCUUUUGACAUUGAAAUCAGCACGAUGUACUGCAGUUUGCGGGCUUUUGUAGUGCCAUCCAAUCUCUCUGCUUUGAUAGAUGAAGUACUAGUGGAAUUCGUUGACUCGCUGUUAGAGAAUCUGGUGGAUGUUGUCAGCCCGAUUGAAGCUUAUGAUCGAGGUUUGCAUAAGAUAAAGUUCGAAGCCCUCCAAGAGAAGUUAAAAUUUUUGAAGGAUUUUGUUCUCUUUGCAACAUGGCAAGGUGUUGAGUCUAGUCUGUUGAAAGAUCCCACCGCUGGCUUGCAAGCUGUGGCAGUCCAGGCAGCGGACCUCUCUUACAGUUGUUGGUUUGACAGACUAUUUGAUAAAAAAGAGUGUAAUGAAAUGCACUCUAUGAUUUCUGAACUGCUACAGGACAUCAAGCAUCUUCAUUCCCAGUUUCACGAGAGUUGUAUCCAGGGCUUAAGAAGUUCAAAAUUAUCAGGUUCAUUGCAGACCUUAAAUCUUGAGAAAGAUAUGUGUAUAGUUGGGGAUUUUGCUGAUUCCCUCACAGGUAUACUUUGGGAGGUUUUAAACCGCAACACCAGCUUUGUGGUUGCAAAGCAAGAUCAGAUGCAAAUGCUCUAUGAUGGACUCAGAUUCUUGAGAACCAUUCUCAAAAGGCAGCAGGAGAAGUUCAGUGGGUUACACCAAAAAAUGAUGGAUCUUGUAGGAGCUGCAGUCAAUGAGGCUGGAAUUUUGAUUCUUUCACUUUCUGCAAAUGAAACAGGAGGAGGCCUGCCCAAGGACGUGGAUCUUGGAUUUUCUGAUUUGCUCCAGAAGAUUAAGCUUAUUAGAUUGGUAACGUCAACUCUCAAAUCUCCGGGGACCAACGGGCUUGGCUUAAUAAAGUUUCUUCUAAAGAAUCUGAUGGAACUCGCGGAGCUUGAUUUCCUUGCUCAUUCAAAGGAUAAAAUCUGGACAGUCCAGAAAGAUUUUGUAUUCUUAGGAUCUGUUUUUGAGAAGAUUGCUGAGCAGCAUAACAAGCAUGAAAAGCUCAAAGCUUUCUGGAGUCAUGUUAUUGAGGUAGCAAACAAGAGAUAUAGGUACUUCAUUGUCUUGGAUGACAUAUGGGACAUUGAUGCAUGCAAUAUCUUGAAAAGAUCAUUUCCAGAUGAUAAAAAGGGAAGCAGAGUUCUCAUAACAAGCCGACAGUAUGAGGUGGCUUCACAAGUUGAACCUGACCGCGAACCUCACCGUCUUCGCCAAUUCACUGAUGAUGAGAGCUGGGAUUUACUACAGAAGAUGCUCUUUCCCACUGAACCUUAUCCUCCUGAACUAUGCACAAUUGGGAAGCAAAUAGCAGAAAAUUGUGGUGGGCUGCCUCUCACAGUUGUGAUUGUGGCUGGAAUUCUUGCAACAAUAGAACAAGAUGGGUGGAAACAAUUUGCAGAAAGGAUGAGUGCAAGAAAUGUUAGUCUCACAGAGCAGUCAAUGAAUAUGUUAGAGUUGAGCUAUAGGCAUGUACCUGACUACUUAAAGCCAUGCCUUCUUUAUGCUGGAGCAUUUCCACAGGGCCAAGAAAUUCCAAUUCAAAGGUUGUUGCGGUUAUGGAUUGCUGAAGGGUUUGUUAAGGAAGUUGAGCAGAAGAAAGUAGAGGAAGUGGCAGAGGACUACAUGAUGGAUCUGAUUGGCAGAAGCUUAAUUAUAGUUUCCAAACAAAGAUCCUUUGGUGGCGUUAAAACUUGUCGAGUUCAUGAUUUGGUACGCGAGUUUUGUGCAACAAAAGCCAAAGAAGAGAAUUUUUUUCAGUUGUUACAUGGUUAUGAGGGGCUUUUUACUUUUAGCGAGUCAUUCAAUACAAGAAGAUUGUGCAUAUACUCUAAGCAAGAGCAUUUUGAGAAGUCAAGGCUAUUCUGUCCUCAGAUACGUUGUCUAAUGUUCUUUUCUCAUGGUGAUGGGUACCCAAGAAAGUACUCCGAUAGCUUGUUCAUCUUUCAAAUCUGCAAACUUCUUAGAGUGUUAGAUUUGGGACAGGUUUUCCUAGGUGAAAAUUUUCCAACUGAAAUAGAGGUGCUUGUUGAGUUAAGGUACUUGGCAAUCCGUGGUAUGAUGCAAUCCAUCCCAUCUUCAAUAGCCAACCUCUCCAAUUUGGAAACCUUUAUUCUCGAUGUCUAUUUGGGUGAUGUUAUGUUGCCAGAGACAAUCUGGAAUAUGACGAAUUUGAGGCAUCUAUGCAUCAGUGGUAGUUCCGGUGACAUUAGCCUGGCCAAAGACGUGCAUGAAAACUUCUCCAUUCUGUAUAACUUGAGCACUUUCUCCAAUCUGUUGCUUUUCAUUGAUCCAAGCAUGGAAAAGAUAUUGAGAAAGUUCCCAAACAUUCGUAGGCUAAAAUGCGAACUUUCUGAACCGGAAGAUCCAGUUCCAGAUUGCAGUAGGAUUGUGAAAAUGAAUUUUCUAAGUCAGCUAGAAUCACUUAGUCUAUCUCUAUAUUUCACUGAACAACGAGCUAUUCAGUUUCACUUUCCAGUUAACCUCAAAAAGUUGACUCUCUCGGACUUCUCCUGGAGUAUGAUUUCCGUGAUUGAGGAACUAUCCAAUCUCGAGGUUCUCAAAUUAUUGGAUGAUAGAGCAGAUCAGGGGGACAUAUGGGACGCAAGUGAAGAGGAAGAAAUCCCAGAGGAAGAAGUCGGGGAGGAUUUCCAUGGGGAGGGAGCUGAUGAGGAGAUAAGAUGGGACAUCACAGAAGAAGUUGAAUUCCCCAAACUCAGAAUCUUAAAAUUGUCUCGCUUGAAUAUCGUCAGGUGGACAGGAUCAGGUGAUCAUUUUCCACGUCUUCAAAAAUUAAUAUUGGAGCAGUGUUGGAAAUUGAAAGAAAUUCCUUCUUGUUUGGGGUCUAAUUCACCUCUAGAAAUGAUUGAGAUUCGCUGGUGUCCGCCUUCUGUUGUAAGCUUAGCAGAGGAGGUUAAGGAAGGACAGGAGGAAAUGGGAUACGAGGACCUGCAGAUUCUCAUCUCAGCCAAAGCAGAAUAGCAUAGUAUCACAUUUUCAUUUUUCAAGUGUACCUCACAUUACAUGUUAACUGGAAAAAUCAUUCUAUCAAGUCAAUUCGUCCGAAAUGCAUUAUAAAAUCAGAUCAUCUUUUCAUUGUAA